AUGUGGGAGUGGGAAGCAGGUACAAAAAACUCCAUCAGAAAAUUUGAUAAGCCAGGCGGCGAUGGCGGUACCAAUGCGAAUGGAGCAAAAUCAGCAGUCAUGGGUGAUACAUCUUAUUUUGACCGACUCUUUUGA